GAAUUAUUAUUUCGUUAAAACGAAAUAAUAUUGACGGCGUCUUCGGAACUCUUCUGCUGCGAAAACAACUAAAGCUAUUACACCUUGCUUGAUCAGGGACGGACGGACGGAGUCCUUUGAAGAUACAGGAUGGAAGACUUUUUAAAAGAUCGAGGAGUAGAAGGAACCAUCAUUAAUAAAAUGAAAGAAGAAGGUAUUGACGAAACAGUUGUGUCAACUAUGACAGCAGAACAACUUAGCAAGUACCUGCCUCGUUACGGUGACUGCUUAGCAGCAAUUGCAUUUUCGAAACAACAUCCCUCAAGCAGCCUGAGUGAAGCAUCUCAAAGAUCCAAAGAUCGAAGAAUAUCAUUGCGUGACAGAUUGCUUGCUAAGUUGCAAGGGAAAAAAGGUGAUGAACAUGUAAGAAGAUCAGUUCCCCAAGAAGGAAAUAAGAAUGCCAAGAAGACUUCCAGAAAAAUAGAACUUGGUUGGCUUCAUACCUAUGGAGCUUGUGGUACACUUAAACAAGUUAGAUCACCAAAUGGAGGAGGAACAAGGACUGUAGACAUAGAUGUAAAUGCUACCAUUUCAGAAUUGUUGACUACAGCUAAAGGCCUUUUUUUCCCUAAUGGGAAGUCAAAGAAAGGAAACGAAAAGGAUUUUGAUUUCUAUGUUGCAAAUCAAACUCAUGAGAGACAAGAAAGUGACUUCACAGUCAAACAGAUAUUUGAGUCUACCAAGUUAAAGAUACUUCGAUUCUAUCUGGUAACAUCCCCUGCUGCUACUGCAUCUACUGACAACAGUGCUGAUAAGAAAACACAACCACAAAGCAAAGGAAACCCAUUUCAUUGCUUACCUGAUGCUGAUACCUUGGAGGAGUUCACAAACUCUUCAGAAAGUGGAGAUGUUGAAGAUUUAUACAGCAUGCGCUCAUUUACAGAUGAUGAUAUUCCUAGUGAACUUCUUGAAGGUUCAAAUGAAACUCUUUUUGACCCACUUCUGUUUGAACCACUUGAACAACAAGAAGAGGAAGAGUUAUCAAAUGUGCCACAAGCGUUACAACCAUAUAUACAACAAGGACAACCAAAUUCUCCACCUGCAUCACAAGAACAUGCACAUUCAUCUCAUAUUCAGGAACAACAGCAAACAACAGACCCAAGCAUUAUAACUUUACAUAGAACAAUGAUUCAAGAGGAACUUAUUCAGCACUUUAAGAAUCCCAGUGUUAUCAAUGCAAAGUUAUCAUUUUCAUUUGUCAAUGAAAGAGGCCAAGAUGCUGAUGGAGUUUCUAGAGAUGCAUAUUCAGGGUUUUGGACAUCAUUUCUGUUGAGAAAUACAGAUGGUGAAACAUACAGAGUACCAGUGUUGACAAAUGAAUACAGCUUAGAAGAAUGGGAAGCUAUUGGCCGAAUUUUACUGAAGGGUUAUCAAGACCACAGGUAUUUACCAACUGGUUUGGCACCAGUUUUCCUUAUUGCUAUAGUACAUGGCGAAGAUGUUGUGUCCCCACAACAGUUGAAGGAUUCUUUUUUUAAUUAUCUUGCCCAGUCUGAGAAAGAAGUUCUGGAAGCCGCUUGUAGAGGAUCUUUGUUUGAUGAAGAUGAAUUACUUGGUGUACUUGACAGAUUUCAGUGUCAUCGAAUUCCACAGCUGGAAGAGAUGAAUUCGACGGUUAUUCAAAUAGCUCAUAGAGUGUUAAUUCAAGAACCAAAAUAUGCAUUGGAUGCAAUGAGGAAUGUCAGUGGAAACACUCUCCAGUUAUUACUACCAGACAUUGCAUCAAUUAGUUCCAUUUAUACAAAACUGAAUCCAACUGUUACCAAGGUGCUUGGCUUAUUGCACGCUUCACCAACAACAAAAGAGGAAAAUGCGAGCUUUGGAUUCCUUAAGAGAUUUGUGCGUGGCAGGAAUAACGAACAACUGAAACAAUUUAUCAGAUUUCUUACUGGCUCAGAUGUGGUAUGCGUUGAUAAGAUAGAAGUCACUUUUGUCCUUCGGUAUGGUAAAGGAAGAGUCCCAACCAUACACACAUGCGGACCUACCUUGGAGUUACCAUCGACCUAUGUUAAUUUCCCAGAUUUCAGAAGUGAAUGGGAGUCAAUACUAAGCAACACAGACAGCAUGGAAAUGAGUAUUGCAUAAUUUGCGUACAGUUUGCAAGUUUUUUUUAUCUGAUACAGAUAUAGCUCAUAGUGUUAAUUCAAUUAUCUGUGUUUUAUGUAGACUUUAGCCAGAAAAACUACUGAAUUACCUGGUUGGAUUAGACAGACAUGUAUGUUAUGACAUGGUUAUCCGACUUCUUUUCCCAGGUAGUCAGAACAUGUAUAUUUUUUAGCUGAUCUGGCAAGAAGUGUUACUUGGUGUACGAAGGACAGAAAAUGACCUCUAUCUUACUGAUAUAUUUAUGACAUACUUAUUUUAUGGUGAAUUGUCUGUCGUCUGUUUGUUAUCCGUCUUCGUCAUCCUUCAAUUUUUUCUUUGAACGAUUUCUUCUGAACUGCAGUACCUAGGUCCAUGAUAUCCGGUCAGUAAGUACCUGGGACAGAGGGCUAUAAAAUUUCUGAAAACGAUGACCUUGACAUACUUUCAAGGUCACAGGGGUCAAAUUUGUAAAACUCUUUGAACAACUUCUUCUGAAUAACAAGAAGGCCCAGAGUAAUGAUAUGUACCCAGUAGGUACCUGGUGUGAAGUAAUAUAAAAUUCCUCAAAUAAAUGACCAUGACCUACUUUCAAGUUCACAAGGCUCAAACUAUGUUAAAAACCUUGAAAUAACUACUUCUGAAUAACAAAGGGACAUAGAGCAAUGAUAUUUAACCAGUAGGUUACUACCGCGAGGUGCUAUACAUUUUCCUCAAAUAAAUGAUUUUGAAGUAUUUCCAAGGCCUCAAUGGUUAAAUAUAUAAAUAUUUUUAAAG